UAAAAUAUAGUUUUGACCCCAGAUUACACUGUACCAGUGCAGCGCCGCCACUUUCCCUGGCGACGUGCUUGAAUUCUUCUUAGCUUCUUUUGAGCUGAGUUUGGCACGACAAAGUUAGCAAUGAAGGCGUUCGAAGUUGGUGGAACCACCCUUUGUCUUGCCCUUUUCUGCGAUGUUACAAAUUCUAAAGAACUACUGGAUUUAAUGCAGUCAGCAACUUUGGAGCCAGAAGUAGCAUUUCUGAAUGCAUCACUUAUUCCAGAAGUAUUUCCUGUUUUGGCAGCUGCACACAAGGCACUUGUAGCUAAAUCACGGGAUUCACUGACUACACGGACCCUCCACUCUGAGCUUGUUUACAACUAUUCAGGAUCUAAGCAUAUAUCAGAAUCUUUGAAAAGAUGUGGCAUUGCAGAUAACACAAGCUACAUCCUUGCAGCACGCUUUAGUGCUUCGGUUGAUGAGAUGGUGGCCAUAGAAAAACUCAUAAAGGGCAAGGAGAUUGACUUGAAGGAAUUGGAACAAAGAAUAAACCAAGCUCAGAUUCAAAAGCAUUACAAGAUAUCUAAUCUGGAGCUGGAGAUAUCAUCACUUGCUGAUGCCAUCACCUGCAGAAUUGCUGCCCGAGAUGCUUUAUGAGAAUUGCACGCCUACGCCAACAACAUACCCAGUAUUAUCCCACACCGUGGGGGUCUGGGGAGGGCACUAUUUAUUUUAUCUUUUUCAUUUGUAAACUGUUGUCUGAGAAAUAACUUCCCGAACCUUGUGUGAAAAUACCAUUUUGCUACUCUGAUUGCUUCAUAGGCGCUAUUUGGUCCCUGUUAAACAUUCUCUGAUGUUGUAUUUUGUUUGGCUUAUGUUCAAUGUCGGAGAGAUUCUGUAGUCACUA